AUGAAAGCUAAUUGGGUGCUUAUGUUCCUAAUUCCCUCAUCCUUGAUUUAGUGAUUUCAGUGAAAAAUUUCAAAAUUACUCCCUUGAUUGAACGAUUUUCAUAAGGUUGACUAUAAACCCACUACUCCAUAUCCCUGCAAAUCUACUACCUAUCUUUGAUAAUAAUGAAUAUAGAGAUAUUACAUUAUAAUCAAUUCUAAACAAUUCUAAUACGGCUUUUAUAUAUUUUAAAUAUAUUCCAUACUAUAUCUCUUCGCUCGAGCAUAAAAGCUUUUGUAUAGAAGAAAUUAAUGCACUGAUAAUUUUUAAUAGAAAAUAUUUAUUUAUAAUUUUCCAAUUUUUUUUACCCCAAGCUACAACUGGUUCAACAAUCAAAGAUGAGGGGAGUAAGCUUAGGUGCAAUGAGUUACGAAAUUCAGAGUAUGGAAGCGGCAAGAAUAUGCUAUAAAAUAAUUGAUUGCUUUGUAAUUGACUAUUUAUACCAAGAUAAUGGAAAAUUUAAAGAUUUGGAUGGAUUAAGGAGACAAAGAAUUAAAGAAAAACUGACUGCAGACUUAAUAGAUAGCUGCAGGGAUCAGAUAUCAACUGAACAAAUGAUUAAAGCUAAGAGCUUAGGUACUGAAAUCAAUUGAAGAGAUUUCGAACAAUUUACAAAAUUUGAUUAUAGCAGAUAUGCCGAAGAACUAAGCUUAGAUUUAUCUGAAGAGCAAAACAACUUAAAAGAAGCAAUUAAAGCUCUAGAAUUAAAGGAAAAGCAAAAAUCAGGCAAAGAGGAAUUAAGAAUUUAUUCAGAUAAUCUAUCUAAAAGAGUUGAACUUUAA